UUCGCGCUGGAAUCUCGCUCCGCGCCGGGACCUAAAAUGGCGCCGGCGCGCCCGCCCCGCCCCUUCCGCGGGCGCCAUAGAGACGGGGCGGGCAGAGCGGCCUCCCUUCGGCGCCGCUCUGUACGCGGGCGCAGCCCGGCUCGCUGGUGCGGGCGGGAAGGCGCUGCCGCGGCAUGGCGGGCGAGGGCGACUCUGAGCCGGGGAAGUCCUUUAAACUCCUGGGAUUUCUCGAUGUUAAAAAUAUCCCAUGUGCACGCGACUCAGUGCUCUAUGGCUCCUUGGGGUCUUUAGUUAUGGGUCUUGGACAUUUUUUAGCAACUAGUAGAGUUAGAAGAUCUUGUGAUGUUGCAGUUGGUAGCUAUAUUUGCACAAUGUUAGGAUACUGGUUUUACUGCAGGUACAACUUGGCCCAGCAAAGGAUCCGGCAAAGAAUGCUUAAAGAAGGAAUGAAAAACAGAAUGUUAUUUGAAGGCAGUUAUCUUGAUCCAGAAAAGAAACAAACUGGCAGUGAAAGAAGCGAUUCAUAGGUUGCUCUGGAAGAGUUGCGGUUUAAUACAUCUUUGGGAAAAGGUGGUCCAAAAAAAAGUCAGUCUACACUGCAGGCCUGUGAGGUGUCUGAAACUGGUAAAUCAUGGUUUUCCUAGCAAAUCUGAGCAGGAUAUUCAUAGUGAAUCUGUUAAGUCAGUACAAGCCUUGCUUUGUUUAAUGUAUGUAUGUGACUGCACACAUUUGGAAUGACAUCCUGUUAAACAUCUGGGAGCUGGUGUGUUCUCUUCAAGGUCUCAGAGGAGUAACGACAGUGAUUUGGGACUGCUUUAACUUCCAUUAUAAACAGAGUGUGGUUUGUUUUAGCAGAGUUGUAAUUACAUCUCAUUUAAAUACAGGAAAAUAUUUCCGUCACCUCUCGAGUAAAUGUGUCCUUCAGUGCUAUUAUUAACAGUGCUGUUUGUAAAACAGGAAUAUUUAAACAGUAGGAGAAGGCUUUGCUUCUGCAAGGUGGGUGAUAAUCAGCAGCCUUUGUAAGAUUUCAGCUGCAGGAUAACCAGAUAACAUACAUGCACUGUGAAGCUGAAGGAUGUCCAUCUUUGCUCUGUUUGAAACUAUGAAUAAAAUCACACUUCAGAGCAGUCUAAACUAUGUAAGUAAAUAAUUUUUUACUUCAUUAAAAAUUUUGUGACUUAAGACA